AUGACCACGGCUCCUCUCCAAGCUCUCUCCUCUGCCCUCGUCCUCUUGCUCCUCGCGCAGCACGCGCGCACGGCGAGGGCGAGCGCGCUAGAGGACACGUGCAGGCUCGUCGGCACCGGCGGGACGCAGGACUACGACUUCUGCGUGAAGACGCUGGGGGCGGACCCGGCGAGCGCGACGGCCGACGAGCUCGGCCUGGCCGUCAUCGCGUUGAGGAUGGCCAGGGCGACCGCCAAGGCCACCGGCGACCGCAUCGCCACGCUGCGGGCCGCCGAGACGUCGCCCCGGCGGCGGCUGGCCCUGGACGAGUGCGCCAAGGAUUACACCUGGACCGUGCGCCGGCUGGGGCGCGCCGCCAAGGACUUUGCCACGGGCGGGGACGAGGACAGGCUGACGGAGUCGGAGGCGACCACCUUGCUGGGGACGUUCGUGACACGCCGGCGCGCUGCGACAAGGCGUUCGUCCUCUAGGCCGGCGAGAGGUCGCCGCUGA